ACGGAAAAAAGGGUAAGAGUUGCUUAUCCCGUCUUCCCACCAUAGAGUCCUUGUCUCUCCCGGACCCUUGAAGAAUGGAAGCCGCGGCCUGCUUGCAGUAUAAGGCGCCAAGGGUGGUGGUGUCACCAAACAGGUGCGUGAUGAUGAACAGAAGCCUGAAUAUGGUGAUAGUGAAGAGGAGGAGUUCAUAUUCAGUAGUGAGGUGUAGUGGUGGUGGUGGAGGGGGGAUUGGAAUUGGCGACCUGGUAGGAGGAGAUUUGGUGAAAUUAGAUCUGGGGCGUUGGCUCUCGGACGUGGAAGAACACAAAGCCCUGGCCAUAUACUCUCCCCACGAGGGAGGCUAUGAGGGUCGAUAUCUCAACAGGCUGAGGUACCAGGGCUACUAUUUCCUUGACCUCUCAGCUCGUGGCCUGGGUGAUCCUGAAGCCACUCUCACUAAGAUUCACCCCGUUUGUCCCGCUCACGUUGGGAAGCAGCCCAUUGCAAGGUGGUAUUUUCCCCCAGAAGUGGAUUAUAGGCUCUCUUUACUGCCUCCAAACGCUAAGGGACUUGUGGUCUGGAUCAUUGAAGCCAAGGUUCUCUCAAAGUCGGAAUUGCAGUUUCUUGCCUUGCUGCCCACCCUCCGUCCCAAGGUCAGGGUCAUUGCAGAAUGUGGAAACUGGAGAAAAUUCAUGUGGAAGCCACUCAAAGAGGUUGCCGCACUCACUGGGAACGAGGAUGCAUGAUGAUCCUAAUGCUAUGCCUCAAUCUGUCCUCAAGGUUUCUAAUGUAAUCCAAUUUUACCAAAUGGGUAGUGACAGUGACAGAUCUUCUAUACUGUACUGCAGAGGACCCGAAGGAUGGUAUACAAUAAAAUUAUCUCUGUUCAUUGCUGUGGAAAA